ACCGGAAUGUCAAAAUUAUUAUGACGUUUGUAGUUUUGUGAAAGAGGUGUCGGAUUAUUCGUGUUUAUUUGCAUAGAAAAUCUUUGAAAUGGCUGCUGAAAUUAAGCCUGCACCUAGAACACCUAAUGACAGGUUCUCAACUACCAAAAAACCUGCGUUGUUGAAUAAAUUAGAAGGGUGCACCGACGACGUCAACGCUGCAGUUGUAAUUCCAGGGGAGGAUGGAGUAAUUAGCGUUUGCGAUGAUAAGACAGUACGAGUAUGGCUCAAGAGAGACUCCGGGCAGUACUGGCCAAGUAUUUGUCAGUAUAUGCCAUCAGGAUGCACGUCAAUGUUCUACACUCCAGAAACACGUCAACUGUUCAUUGGCCAGGAGAAUGGAACAGUGUCAGAGUUCACAUUAGCUGCAGACUGCAAUAGAAUCAAUCCAUCCCGGGAAUACCUGGCACACACCGCGCGAGUGACAGCCGUGGUUUUCUCUCUGAGCUGCGAGUGGGUGCUGUCGGUGAGUCGGGACAAGCUGUUCGCGUACCACUGCAGCGAGACCGGCCGCAGGAUCGGCGGCUACUCCUUCGAGGCGUGGUGCACCGCUUUGCAGUUCGAUUCCCAGUCAAAAUACGCGUUCGUGGGCGAUUACAGCGGGCAGAUAACUAUGCUGAAGUUAGAUAACAACGGCGCGACUCUAGUCACUACUUUAAAAGGACACAGUGGAUCGGUGCGAGUCUUGAACUGGGCGCCUCUACCUCAACUUUUGUUUAGCGGGUCUUUCGACCAGACAAUAAUCGUUUGGGACAUCGGGGGACAAAAAGGCACGGCGUACGAACUUCAAGGCCAUAGCAACAAAGUAACAGGUCUAUGGUACGUGGGUAGUUGCGAGCGGCUGGUAUCAGCGGGCGAGGACUGCGCGCUUGGUGUUUGGGAGAUGGGUGUGCGCCGACGCGAGACUCCGGCGUGGAAGGAGUCCGAUCUGUGCCAGAUUUGCCGCGCGCCGUUCAUAUGGAACGUGCGGGCUAUGAUGGAGAAGAAACAACUCGGCCUGAGGCAGCACCACUGCCGCUGGUGCGGCGCGGCGGUGUGCGGCGCGUGCUCGCCGCACCGGCUGCCGCUGCCGGUCAUGGGCUUCGAGUUCCCGCAGCGCGUCUGCACCGUCUGCUACGACACGCUGCGGCACGAGCCUCGCGAAUCGCUAGCGUCAUUCCACGAUAUGAAACACGCUGUAGCAUCUCUAUACGUGGACGAAGCUACGGGAAGGAUGUGCACAGCGGGCAAAGACCGCGUCAUCAAGGUGUGGGAUAUCAGCGUGCUAUUGGCACCGGGCCCCAAACCCGGCACCAGCGUCCAAUAGCCACUGUAAGUCGAAAUAGAUUCUAUCGCGACGACCGUAAAGUUCGGAUUCGCUAAAGUGUCACCAGUGUGCCUACCAUGAGUUUACGUUAGGUGUGCUCGCUAACGACUGCGUAAAAAAAUGACAUUUAAAUGUAUGACAUAUUGUGCAGCGCUACUUUCAAGAAAUAAAAUCUUCAUAGAAUUUUUUGACGUAUUCGCUAGCGAGCUCACCUAACGUAAACUCAUGGUAGGCACACAUAUACCAUUUAAUCGAUAUAGGACCUCAGUGCUAGCGCCAUUUUCAGCAUCGCUACCAGUUGAUAAUAGAUUUUAUUGCGAUGUAAAUUAAGUUUAUAUUUGUUGUCUAGUGCUAGCAACGCGUCUAGUUGUAGACGUUUGUUCAACAACGGUCCGCUUGCAGUCGAAGAAAGAUUCUACUGUAUUAUUCACAGAGUUCAGAUUUGAUGAACUGAUCCUCAAAAGUG